AUGGCGGAAUGGGAACAAAUUGCUCGAAAGCACUUCGAGGAGCAGAAGAAGAAGAUACCCUCGGACUGGCUUUUGGACAAUGACAAGUUAGAACAGCUUCGCGGCGCCGGCACGGCACAGGAGGGCCGUCUCAUCGAUCUUCAAGCAGCCAAGAAGUCAGGCAUUCUCGACAGCAACGAAAUGAAAAUUACCGAGAAUUACACAGCCCGUGAGCUUUUGGGACACCUUCGCCAAGGAACACUCAGCGCAGAGAGAGUGGUCACUGCUUACUGCAAGCGAGCAGCCGUUGCUCAGCAGUUGACGUCCUGCCUCACCGAGAUCUUUUUCGAAGAGGGAAUCGAAAGGGCCCGGUGGCUCGACAGGCAGUUGCGAGAAACAGGCAAAGUUGUUGACAGCCUUCACGUAGAUGGGCACUUCGCGUCUGUCGGAUAUGUCGCGUUUCUCAAGCAAGACCGUCCCAAAGGCAACGCUGCCCUUGUCAAGCUGCUUCUUGAUGCAGGAGCAGUUCUCUAUUGUAAGACCAAUAUUCCACAAACGAUGAUGACCUGCGAUUCCGAGAACAACAUCUUCGGCCGAACACUCAACCCACACAAUACAAAGUUGACAGCUGGUGGCUCUAGCGGAGGCGAGGGAGCGCUUGUCGCGUUCCGCGGAUCACCUCUGGGCAUCGGUAGCGAUCUGGCCGGUUCUGUACGCAUCCCAGCUUUCUGCUGCGGCGUGUAUGGCUUCAAGCCAACCGUGGAUCGCAUACCGUUCGCAGGACAGUCUCUCUCUCCAUGGCCCAUGAAUUGGAUGUCCGCUGUGAUGCCUGCUCUUGGUCCGUUGGCCAACUCCGCCGACGACUUGUCGCUCCUCAUGGAGGUCGUAACUAAGCUCAACCCAUGGAGAUACGACGGUAGCGCGAUCAAUCUCUCCUGGAGAACCCUAGACGAGCCUCGAUCGAAGCCCUUGACGAUUGGGAUCUUGCCCGAAGAUCCCGAAUAUACCCUACACCCUCCUGUACGCAGGAGCUUGGCUGAAGCCGCGUCCGCUCUCGAGAAAGCUGGACACAAAGUUGUCCAUCUUGCAACGGAUGCGAAGCGUAGCGUGGCCCUCGGCGCAAGGAUCUCGUACCAAUACUUUAGCAUUUCGGCGCCAGCUGUUGCUGACUUUGGAGAGCCUUUUGUUGCCUCUGUCGCCAAAGGAAUGCAUCCCUUCUCUACUGGAGACUUUCCUGUCGACCCGAAGCUGGACAUCCCAAGCCAGUUCACAGGACUGAACAUGGCUCGCGCGGCCUAUGCCCAGUCAUGGAGCCAGACCUGGCAAGAACACGACCUCGACAUUGUAUUGGCUCCUGGGGCAUCCUGCACUGCCGUGCCACACGAUACCUUUGGCCUCCCCGUGUAUACAGUCAUGUGGAGUUUAAUUGACUUCCCUGCAGCGGUCAUUCCCUUUGGCACCGCGUCCGCGACGCAAGACUCUGAACCACAAAAGGCCAUCGCGGACUUUGUGCCUGAUUACAUCCCCGAAGCUACUGAUGGUGCACCUUGUGCAAUCCAGAUUAUCGCUCCGCGGUUCCGCGAUGAAGAGUGUUUGGAAGCCGUGGGCGUCAUUGACAAGAUUCUCAAUGCUUGA